GCCGUGGUGGUACAGUCUGCGGAAAGUAGGGCACUUCGUGCCCACCGACCAUGCCCGCGGGCGUGUCCUGGGCCACCUACUUGAAAAUGUUCGCCGCCAGCCUCCUGGCCAUGUGCGCCGGGGCCGAAGUGGUGCACAGGUACUACCUGCCGGACUUGACAAUACCUGAAAUUCCACCAAAGCCUGGAGAACUCAAAACGGAGCUUUUGGGACUGAAAAAGAGACAACAUGAACCUCAAGUUUCUCAGCAAUAGAAACUUCAAAAUACAACUCUGUCAAGAACUCCGUGAACAUUUUAAGUAUUAAACACAUCUUUUUAAAGUCUGUUGAGCCAACUGCUUGUCUUUAAACACCUAAUGCAGUGCGAACUGCAAGAGGAGGUGCUCAGGUGUUAGCUGAUGCGUUGAGAUUUUAUUACAGAUUGACCACUAUUUCUUGAAAACUGCCAAAAUAUGUAUCAUCAGCUUUUUGAAUGUGAAUAGAUACUUAGUCUUGAAUAUUAUGUGAGAAAGAAUGUCUGCAGUGUUCCCUGCCCUUAUAAUUCUGGGUUAUUUCUCUGAAUAAGCUUGACUAUCAUGGCAUAAUGGGAAUUCUGAAUUAACU